UGUGGACUCGCGUAAACUCUUCCUCUCUAUCCCCUCAUCACGCCUUGGGCAACCGAGACCCACUUUGCCUAAAUAGGGAGAGCGGGCUGCAGGCAGCGCUGGUCUGCUGGGAGACGAAGCAGCAGAAGAGGCAGCAAGAGCACUAAUACUAGCUGCAGGAGGCAGGAGCCGCCCUGCAGAAGCAGCCCAGGGCUCUGGCAUGGGACUUUGCUCUGGCUGAUCAGAACCUGCGCAGGGCCAACAAACAACAUGGAAGAAUAUUUGCAGCACACCAAAACCAGACUGAGUCGAAAUAAACACUUGGAUAAAGUACAUGUGAUCCUUGGAAAGAAAUCCUGUGAUUUGGAUUCCCUUAUUUCUGCUUUAACAUAUGCUUACUAUCUUGACAAGGUGAGUCCACCCGAAGUUUUGUGCUUGCCUGUACUGAACACAACAAGAAAAGAAUUCUGCUAUUAUACAGAAACUAGGUUUAUUUUGGAGGAGCUGAAUAUCCCAGAAUCUCUCCAUGUCUUCCGUGAUGAAAUCAAUUUGUAUCAGCUGAACAAUGAAGGGAAAUUGUCUCUUACACUUGUGAACAGCAGUGCACUGACAAGUGAAGACAAAAAUUUAGAAUCAGCUGUUGUCAGAGUCAUCAACCCUGAAGAAAGAUGUGAUGGCAACCUGGGGUUACUAGAAUCCUCUUCAUCUCUAGUAGCAAAAGAGAUUCUCCAAGAGGCACCAGAGUUAAUCACUCAGCAACUGGCUCAUCUCCUCAGAGGGAGCAUAUUAUUCAAAACUAUGGCAGUGGAUUCUAAAAGAACUAAUGAGGAACAGGAAGAAGUACUUUCAAGUUUGGAGAAGAAAUUUCCAGACUUGCUACCCCGAGAGGAUAUUAUCACUGUCCUACAGGAGGCUGAAUUUCACGCAGAUGGUCUAAGGAUUGAAGAUGCUAUGCUCAAGGAUCUCAAAGAGGUGUCAGAUGGAGAAAUAAAAGUAGCAGUUAGUACUGUGUAUAUGAAUUUAGAGGAUUCCCUGCUUCACAGAAACAUGACUAGAGACCUAAAAGCAUUUGUAGAUAAAUACGGUGUUGAUGUCCUUGUCAUUUUGGCCAGCUACAUAUCUGAUGAAGGACAGGAAAAAAGGCAAAUAGCAGUUUAUUCAGAAAACAUGGAGCUGGGAAAUCAGAUUUGCUGUGAGUUAGAAGAAUGUCAGAAUCCUUGUCUGGAGUUGGAUCCUCUGGAAUAUGGAUGUGAACAACUCCUUAUUUAUCAACAAGAAAAUUCAUUAGCAAAUUGUGAUGAAAUUUUUCUGUUAAUGAAAGAUGUUAUCAGCAGGAGACAUCCUGAAAUGGCACCAAACAGUAGAACAUCUUCCACUGAAGCUGUUGCUGGAAGUGCUCCACUUUCUCAAGGGUCUUCUGGAAUUAUGGAGCUAUACGGUUCUGACAUUGAACCACAACCAAGUGCUGUCAACUUUAUAGAGAACCCUCAAGAUCAUAAUGGAUCUGCCCAAGUCCAUGUUGAUGUUAACAUAGACCUUGUGAGUCCAGACAGUGGACUGGCUACUAUUAGAAGUAGCAGAUCUUCCAAGGAGAGCUCAGUUUUUCUAAGUGAUGAUAGCCCAGUAGCAGAAGGAGCUGCAUCUCAUCACAGUUUUCUUUCUGGUUUUGAUUCCUAUAGUCCCAUUCCUGAAGGAGCAGUAGCUGAAGAAGAAAAGUCUCCGUCUAGAAACAGCAAUGACAAUUUUGAUCUUUUCAACUUUGAUUUAGCACAAAUGUCUACAGUUCAGACUGCAUCUUCUCAUUCUGUGGACUGUUCCCCUGCUGAUGAUUUUUUCCAUGAUAGUGGCUCGUCAGAAGGACAGCCACCACGUGACUCAAAAGUCCUUGAUGAGACAAAUCUAUCACAAUCUGACAUCACAAAUUAUUCAACUGAUAUACUAAUGACAGCAAAUGAAGAAGAUGGUUUAAUAAAAUUUGAUGAGUGUAGCCAGAGGCAAGAAAAUUCUAGAGAUUUCUCUGGAAAAAAAUUAAGCUUGGAAAAUGAUUCUUCUUCUUGUCCUGAAGUGUUGAAAAAUGUUGAAAGAGGAACCCCACCAACCCCCGUGAAUAGUCUGGUGGAAACUUCACCUUUAGAUAGUGGACCACCAUUCUUUUAUCCACAAGAUGUCAUUAAAAAAAUUAAUGAAAUUGGCCAUGUGAACAGUUCUCAAUCUCGUGUUAGAUAUGGGAGCUGGUGGGAUGGUUUUGAAUUAGAUUCAAAAAAUGUUGAGGCAUGGAGUUCAACUGAUCAAGAAGCUGUAUUUCAGAGUCCUGAUUCAUGGAAAGAUUAUAAAGCAGAUCUGUUGCUGAGACAACAAGGUGAUAGAAGAUCUUCAGACUCCGUAUGUGUGCAAAAACAACCAAAGCAUACAGAAUAUUCAAGAGCAGGCAUUUGGGAGAACCAGUUUAGUCCUGCUCAUAAUAAGCAUGCCUUGAAAUGCCAACAGAAAGACAAUGAACAACAAAUAGAAGCCUUUGCUGACAUGUGGAAGUCCAGUCAACCAGCUCCUGCAAUAUCUAGUCCAUGGGGUACCAUGAAAAAUAAUGGACACACUGAAAUAAAUUCACGUAAUGUUUGGGGAAAGCUUGAUGAUAACUGUAAACGUUCAGAUAGUGCAUGGAAUGUUCCUCAGAUGGAUUUUGAUCAGAUUUCACCAAGGAAUCUUGAUACAUGGUCUGUGUCUAACUGUGGUAUAUCAGAUUCUCCAGAACUCUCUGCACACUAUAAAUGUGAAAAUCUAAGCAACCAAGUAGAUCUAGAAACCAAGAACAAAUGGCAAGAUAGUACAAUAGAAGAGCACGGAUCAUAUGAAAAUGCAAAACCUGCUGUUGGUAAUAUGGAGAAGAAUGUUAAAUUAGCCAUGGAAUACCAAAAUGAUACGGUACAUAAGCGAAAACAAUUUAAUACAGAUGGCUGGGAUAUGUAUGACACAGAUAUUAGAAAAGAGGUCCUUGGAAGCCUAGUCCCUUGGGAAGAUCCAUUUUUGUCAUACAGAAAUUCAGACCUUAUCAUAUCAAACACAUGUGAAGACGUGAUUGUUUCUCCACCAGAUACAAAUUAUUCAACAUCUGAUUCAUAUGUAUCACCAACAGGGGUUGGAGAUGAAAGAGAAAGUGAGGGCAGACAUUCUGACAAUGAACUAAUGCUUGAUCAAAUGAUUCACUUGAAUUCAGGUGAUCCUGAAACAUAUGAUAUAGCAGAUGAGAAAUCAUUACCCCAGCCAUCUCCUAUAACCCCAUCCAUACCAAACCAUGGAAACAGAGGCCCACUUAAUAAAGAGAAGCAAAUGGAAUCUGUAAACUCUGAAUUUGCUGUUGAAAUAGAAACUAAUACAGUUUUACUUGAUUUAGAACAAAAAGGUACCACAUAUUCUUUAGAGAGUGAUGGAAAUCUUGAUGGAAGUAGUCCUUGUUCUGAGAACUGUGAAAUAAUGCUCAUAUCUAAAAAGAAAAACAGCUACUCACUUCAAAAUAAUAUUCUGCAAGUGGAAGAAGAAAAACCUGAAAUCUGUAGUAGGAUCAUCCUUGAUGAUAUACGCCCUCCCCCUUUGGAAACAAUUAGCUUGGAAAGCAUAACUUCAAUUUGUGAUCAGAUAAAAAGAAACGAAGACUCGGAACUGGGCACAUUUGCAGAUGAACAACUGAACCAAGAAGAUCAACAACUUCAACAGAAUCAACAGGUUGGAGGGGAGCACAAUGAUAUAUCCUCUGCCUCAAUCCAAAGAGUCAAGGAAUGUAAAAGGACAGAUGAGGAAAGUGGACAAGUUGCCUUUAACAAUAUUAGGAAUGAAAUCAUGCAAAAUGACUAUACACCACUAUCACUUUUGCUCUCUGUGUCAUGUGUCAAUAGUUCAGAGGAAAGCAAGACAGUUUCUGACUAUCUCAGCUCACCAGAAAAAACAAGAAGUAGUGGAAGUCUAGAAGAAGUAGUAUCAGAAUCAUCUGAAAUGAACAUACCAUUUCCCAGUCAGACACAUUGUUUUAAUGAGGAAAAGAAGAGAUCUUUAGAUGGUAAUGCAGAAUGUUUUUCUACAUCCCCACAAAAAGAUAACAUACGUUUGGUACAUUCUGACAUAGAUGAUCACCAAAAACAUGGCUUUAAUGUUGCAUCUCCUUCAGUUUCUAAUAGUUUUGAUGAGGAUAUAUCUGCACACAAUAUAAACAUCUCCAAGAUGGAAAGUCACUCUCCAAGUUCCCUUAGUGGGGAGCACAACCAAGAAAAGCACUCUCCAAUAAUGGUUGAAAAUCAAGGUUUAUGGAAUGAAUUGGUAAAGAAUAGCCCUAAGUCAGAGGCAUCAAGUGUUUUGCUAAUUACAUCUGUACCAAAAGGAGAACACCAUGAGCAUUUAUUUGGAGAAUCAGUGUCUAACUUGAAAAUUUGUAGCUUUGGAUUAGAAACUAGUGAAAACAUCUUAGAAAUGAGCAGUGGUCAUGAGAUACCACUAGAGGAUCAAACUCAAAAGAGUAACAUUCCACAGAAUCCAUAUUCAGAAUAUAUUGAGGCUUUGGAUACUAUAAAUAUGCCUGGAACAAAUAACUCAUUGUCAGAUGAAAUUGAUUCUUCUGAGAAAAGUGAACUUUCUAAAAGUCUGGACUCUGAGAAGAAGCUUUUAGAUGAAAACUGUAUUGAUAUUAUACCUCAUCAUGAAUUGUCCCAAAUUCUAGAUGCCUGGAAUGUAUCAGUGAAUGAGCAAUUGCCAUCUACUGGAACAAGUCCUGAGAUAAGUGAAACUCUUACCAUGUCAGAUACCAUGAAUAGUUUCCCAGUAGAUAUUUCAAUAAAAAGCAUCUGCAAGGCAGACAACUCAUGUAAUAGUUCAGUUCAUGAUGAUACACAUUCCAGUGCAACAAAUCCUGAUAUAAGUGAUUCUUCUACAGAUAUUCAUAUUUGGGACAGCUUGCAAGCAACUACUGAUCAAAAAGAAAAUGAAGAUGUUUGGGACAUCACAAAUAAUGACAAAGUAAAAGUAUCUGGGAAAGAAUCCCUUGAGAAUAAAAGUCAAGAAGAUUCUGAAACAAGUACUGAUCACAAAGUUCCAAAAAACUUAGAUCUUUGGAACACACAUGUGGAGGAUGACACAGUAUCUUCUUUAUCAAGUCCUGGAAUAGAUGAGGAUUCAGAAUACUCAAAUGCACAUCAGGCAGGGAUACAGUUGGAUUUAUACCUUAAUGAACUGGAGGAUAAAGUUAAUGAUAUUGGAAAGCAAGAAGGUUUGCAGUCCAGUGAAACAAAUGUUGCAAUUGAUUCAGAAAAUUCAGAUGCUCAACCUGAUUUGGAGAAAAAUAUCAAUGUGGUCAUAUUAAAUAAAAACUCUGAUGAUGCUAGUGCUCUUAACACUUCAAGGGAGGAUUGUGUUCAUGAAGCUUCUAAAUAUUUAGCACAAUGGGAAACAAUUCAAGGUGAAGUACAUGUAAGCACUUCCCAUGAACAUCCAUACGAUACAGAUAUUUGGAAUUCAUGUAUAGUGAAUGAUUAUACUGCACAAACUCCUUCUGUAAAUUGUGAAGAAAAUAAUGCUCCAAAGAAUACAGACGCAUGGGAUGUGCUGUUGCAAGGUCAUUCAGGAAGCACAGUAGGUAAAGAUCAAGGGUACUUCGUGGAAACACUUGGAUUUUCAGAUGAUUCUUCAGAAUGGUGGAAUUCACAAAUCAAAACUGAGAAUUCAGUGGAAGGUCAGCAAUAUAAUUCUGAUGAUUUAAAACUUAAGAGCACAGUAGUCACUGCUUCUGAUGAUGCAUGGGGAGUACUAAUACAGAGAAAUGAACAACUAGAUGAAUCAAAUCUCUCUGAUCCGGCUAGUAGUGAACAUCAAUCAAAUCAAUAUAAUAGUGGAAGUGAAUGCAAAAAUAGAAAACAUUUCUUGGCUACCCAAAAAGAUGGAUUAGAUCACGGUACUGUUAAUUCUGGAGAAUGUGAUCAGCUGUUACCAGCAUGUAAGGCUGAAAAAGAUGUAAUAGAAGACACUUUUGUUAUAGCUAAUAGAGAUCAAGAGACCCUUAAACAAGCUGUUCUAGAAGACGGGCAGUCAAGCCUGUUGAAUGAACUUGCUCAAGUAGAUCCAGCAUUCCACCUUUUAAAAGAUAAUAUGAAUGUAAUAUCCAGCAGUCCAAAUAAUGUUAACAUAACAAAUCAAUUUGAUCAAAAACAGAGCAAUGGAAAAUCUACAUUUGUUCCUCCACUACCUUUAAAAACAUCAGUGAAAUCCAUCCCAACCUGUGUUGAAGACACAGUUCCACAACAAAAUCCAUUUGUUCCAGAUAUAUUGCAAAAUAACACCCCUGAGGACUGUCAGGCAUUUGCUGUUGAUCCUGAUUUGUGGACUGAUGCUGAACAGCCUUUUAUUCUGAGAACAAGCAGAGAAAAUCCUGAUAUAUUAAGUCACUGUGAUCAAGACAGCAGUUCACAAGCCUCAAGCAGUCCUGAUGUUUGCCAUGAAUAUGAAAGCAAGCAAACAUGUGCACAAUCUUCUGUUCUAGCUGAGCCCAAAGAAGCGACUCAGAUGUCUCUCAUGCUGUCAGAUAUAUGCAAAGAUACAGACUUUGAAUUUAAUCAGCAGCUGGGAUUUGAUAGGGAAGAGUUAUGUUCUGAAGGGAACAAUUCAUGUCUCUCAGAUAAUUAUGAGACAAGCUUUGGUGAAUCUUCCCAACUUACAUCUCCUAGAACUGAAGAACCAUCUGGGAUUGGAAGGGAAAAUACUAGUCAGGAAUCAGACAUAGCAAAUGAAACAACUAUUAAACUACUGAAUCUGUCAAGUUCCCGUGCUGGAGGUUUGGAAGGAAGAUCCCUAAAUCUGGAAUACAAUGUAUUUGAAAAUAACAAUGUUGGAAAACACGAAGCCUUAGCUUCUGCAGAUGCAGUUAAAUUGAUGGAUUGUGCUGUUGCUUCAUUUCCCCCCACUGAUAGUUCUAUAUGUGGCAACUUUUUUGGCAGUGAUCAAAUUUCAAACUUUGAUCAUACAACAGAGGUGGUUGAUCAACUAGAAACGUCAGAUAUGGGUAUUAUUAUCAAUGAAAUCAGUAGAGACCACAGCAUGAAUAAGACAUCAAUUACUAAUGACCCAUCCACCAUAUUGAGUGAAAUUAAUCAUCCAACAUCAUUAGACAGUGGAUUGGAUGAGGGAAUAGAAAUGGAUGCAACACUCACAAAGAAACACUCACUUCAAGCCUCCCUAGAAGAGGAGGGAGAAGAUUUCGUAUAUGGUGAAGGAGGUCAGUAUGCAACUAAUAUUACACAAGAACCUGAAAAUGUACAUGUGAAUCAUAGCCCUGGAUUUAUAGGAACACACAGUGAACAAUCACCACUGACAUAUACUUCUCCAUUUGAUGUGCCAUUCAGCACAGAAUUCACUUUUAAAGAAGGCAACAUGAAUAUUUCAGAGUCUAAAACUGCUGCUACCAAGGGGGAAGAUGCAGAACAUUCCCAAACAGAUCAGGAUUGGGGAUCACUGUUAGUGGAAUCUGAAGUGACUCCUGAAUCUUCUUACACUUUGAAAAGUUUUGAGCAUGAAACAGGAUCAAGUAAUAUUGAUUUAUCUCCAGCUGGUGGAGAUGAAAUGCAUCUUUCAGAAUCUAAAGCUAGAGAAGUAAAAGGAGAGGUUGUACAAUGUACUCAGGAAGAUCAAGGCUGGGGAUCACUUUUGUUAGAAUCUGAUGAGACUCCUGAAUCUUCAUAUGUUUUGGAAGAAUUUGAACAUGAAACACGUUCAAGUAAUAUUUACUCAUCAGCUGGUGAAGAGGAAAUGAAUCUUUCAGCAUCUAAAUCUGAUUAUGCUAAUAGUGAGGUUAAGGAAUGUUCUCAAGAAGAUCAAGGUUGGGGAUCUUUAUUGUUAGAAUCUGAAGUGACCCCUAAAUCAACGGAUACUUUGAAAGAAUUUGAGUAUGAAACAGAAUCAAUUAGUAUUGAUUCACCAGCAGGUGGAGUCAUAAGCAUGACCAGUGAACCAGUCUAUGAUGGACUUAGUUCUGAGGGUAAAGAGUGCAAGUCUACUGACAACCCAGAUAUGAUAAGAACAGGAAUCAGAGAAGAUAUAAAGUUAAAGGAGACCGAAGAUCAAUCUUCACUAGAGAUGGAUUAUGUCCUUGUUACUGAUGAAGAAAAUGUAUCUUUGAGGAAGGAUAUCUUAGUAACACGAGAAAGUAAUUUCACUUCACAGGAAGCUACAUCAGUAGCAGAACAAACAGAUUCUCUUGAAACCUUUUCAGCAGACUCCUCGGAUACAUUUCAGUCGAUCUCCAUAAUAAAUGAAAGUGAAGGGCAGUCUGCUCUGGCAACUGAAUGGGAUUCUUUUUAUUUAGCAGAGAAAAGUUCUGCUGUUGUGCCUCAAACACUGGAAGAUGAAAAGAAAUCACCCAGAAGCCCUGUUCAAGAUCAGGAAUGGACUAUGGUGGGCCAAAAUGGAGUGGAUGAUAUAUCACCUGAAGAGAACUGUAGCAGGACAGGCACAAUAGAGUCACUGUCUAGACAUUCUGUUAAAGAAUUAGAAGAUGUUUUAAGCCAGGAAUUAAUCUGUGAGGCACAAGCUGGAACUCGGUUAGAAAGAAGCCCUCACAAAUCAUUGGAACAAGAGGAGAAGAAUUCACACAAUGCAGUGACAGAUGCUCUUUUAUUUCAAGUUGUUGCUGGUGGUGGUGAAUUGGAUGUCCAUUCACAACAGCAUCCUGGAGGUGGCAUGAUAGUAGACCAAGAAAUGGAAGAUGAGACUCAAUUUGUUGGCAGUGAAAGAGAACUCAGUCACAUACCAGGAUUGGUACCAGAGGAUGUGGGAAUGGAUAUCUCUUUUAGUGAGACUAUGUUAGACUCCAGUGGUGCAGAGAUGAGACCUGAGCCUCCCAAUUCUCUAGAUCUUAACGACUCCCAUCCCAGAAGGAUAAAGCUUACAGCUCCAAAUAUCAAUCUCUCUUUGGACCAGAGUGAAGGAUCCAUCCUUUCUGAUGAUAACUUGGACACUCCAGAUGAAAUUGACAUCAAUGUAGAUGAUCUUGAUACUCCGGAUGAAGCAGAUUCUUUUGAAUAUGCUGGACAUGAAGAGCAGCCACCCAUUAAAGAUGCUUCCCAGGAGGAAUCUGACUCAAUCCCAGAAUAUACUGCUGAGGAAGAACGAGAGGACAACAGAUUAUGGAGAACAGUUGUCAUUGGAGAACAGGAGCAGAGGAUUGACAUGAAAGCUAUUGAACCUUAUAAAAGAGUCAUAUCUCAUGGAGGAUACUAUGGCGAUGGUCUAAAUGCCAUCAUUGUGUUUGCUGCGUGUUUCCUACCAGACAGCAGCCGAGCUGACUACAACUAUGUCAUGGAAAACCUUUUUCUAUAUGUAAUAAGCACAUUGGAACUGAUGGUUGCUGAAGACUAUAUGAUUGUCUACUUGAAUGGAGCGACACCGAGGAGAAAGAUGCCAGGACUGGGGUGGAUGAAAAGAUGUUACCAGAUGAUUGACAGGAGGUUACGGAAGAAUUUGAAAUCCUUUAUCAUUGUUCACCCCUCUUGGUUCAUCAGGACUAUUCUAGCAGUGACUCGACCUUUUAUAAGUUCAAAAUUCAGCAGUAAGAUACAAUAUGUCAGCACGUUGGCAGAGCUCAGUGAACUAAUUCCAAUGGAAUAUGUAAAUGUCCCAGAAAGUAUUGUCAAGUAUGAUGAAGACAGGUGCAUUCAGAGAAGAGUAAGCCUAAUUCUGUGUAUACUUUCUCAGAAGUUAAUCCCUUUGAGUACAAUGACAUUUACUCCCAGAGCGAACUGUCUUUCAAAUGAACCAGAAAUAACUUCAGUGCAGCAGGACAUUGACAUGAAGCUGAAAGGAACCCACUAACUUCCUUGGCAGACUGAAUGAACAAGAAGAUUUUCAUCUCUUUGACAUGCCUUGGCUUUGAGGAUUGGACAGUUUGGGCACAAUCCUCCAGGAUCCUCUUGUGCACAAGCCUAAUUUAUUUCAGCAAGGCCUAUUUGUACCACCAAAAAAAAAAGGUUCCUGGUGGAUUGCAACCUUUGUUCUCUGAUUACUCAACACCAGAGCUUUCUGGAGAAAAUGGAAGGGCUGCUGCUGCUGCUCUCAGACAGGCGGCAGUGUUUGAAUAUCAGUUUGUGUAUUAUUAUCUUCGGGAAUGUUAUUGGCAAUAAGGAAAUCUCUUUUGUUACGCAAUUUUCAAUUCAGAAUUGUUUUACAAUUUUGCCGUCAAUGUGCCUCUCACUUGUAGUUUUGUCAUUUUGGUUUGUUCCUUUUUGUCAACAUAUUAACAUACCUGUGCCUAGUUAAACCAGAGGUGUUAAGUUCCGUAUAACAAUGGUAAUCUUUUUGACAUAGGUGCCCCAAUCCAAUGGCCCUGGCAUCCCAUAGGACUGAAUAUAAGGAGAGACUCAGACCCUUCUAUUCUUGUUCCUUGAACAUAUAAACAACAUAGAAUAUUUCCUGAUGGUGAAGUGAAUGGGGUAGUCAUAGCUCUCAUGGAGCUCUGCAUGUUCUUUGAAAUCUCCAUCAAUCUUGGUUUGCCACCAUUAGCUAUAAUUUCACUCUUCAAAAGGUUUCCCAAAAUUCAAUGUCUUUUUCUUUCAUGUUGUUCAGAUCUUUGGUACUAUGCAGGACCAUUCUUGAUCAUUACUGUGCCAUGAAUAACAAGGGUGGAGUAGCUGUUCUUAGUUGUGUGGAAGUAUUUGUCAUUAAUUAAACUGGAAUUUCAUAAAGUCACCAAACAAGGUAAUGUUUCCAAAGGGGGCAGCCCUCUAUGUAUGAAUUAAAGGAUGUAUGGACAACAGUGAGUUGAGAUCCUUAAGUAAAAAGAUGCUGUAAGAGUUAAGCACAUACUAACAUGACCAGAUAGUAUGCUGAAACAGCAAUACAAUAAAUUCAUCUCUAUGCUAAUAGUUAGCAGCAACAGCUCACUAAAACAAUAUGUUUUACUAGUUGUGGCACUAUAACAGAUAUAGAGAUACAUCCUUUUACAGAAGAGAAAAACCUACAUAUUCUCAAACAUACACGUUGAUUUUCAAAUGCUGACCAAUGAGUCUGUCUGACAGACUGGAAACAAAUUGCCAUGAAUUGUAUAUGUAUAUCAUCUUAUCUAAAAGUGGGAUGCCAAUAGACAAAACAUGCUCAUAAUCAUUUUUAUAAUUAACUAUAUAAUAAACUAUAAUAAUAUAGUUUUGGGUAGACUUAACUUAUCUCUAAAUCAGUAGCAUCUGGUGACCUUUAUUAUUUACUGUUAAACCUUCAUGAUGGGCAGAGAUUGUAGUGGAGAGUCCUGUGGUUGCUGUUCUUUCCAAUGGAACAUCAUUCAUGUUCAGCCUACUCAUCCUGUACAGUAGAUCCUCUCGUAGGGAAAGUGACAUCCUAUGACAGGAGGAUGGGUGGGAGUAAGCAGGAAGGUGGAGCCUUGUGCAAUCCAUCAUCCAAGCCACCACAGCUAGACAAGGGAGCUUUUGCCUCCAUUUCAGUUUAUUUUCCCCCAUAUGAGAAGAUAGCAGCUAUUAUUUUAUGAAGGAGAAAGUAAAGGGGAUCACUGAGGGGUACUAAAUCUGCUGCUGCCCUUGCGAAAUCCAGUUUCUAGAGGGAGGAUCAGAUUUUGCAGCCUCUCCACUGUAUCCUAGAUUGUAGACUGUUUACUCUCUUCAUAUGAGUGCCAUUGAGAACUGAACUGACCCAUAUCUGCAUAACCACAUUACUUCAAUUACACAUUGUGACACUGGAUUCUUUUUCUUGGUGUAGCAAUAAAGUGUGAUGGAAGCUGGUUCCUACAUGUCCCUUACAGAAAAGAUAGCUUGAUUUAAGCUAUCAGGCUUCAUCAAUAGAUCAGGCUUCAUCUAUAAAGAAAUGAAGUACAAGGUUGUUUUUAGUGAAAUGUCAGGAUGCAAGUCAGUUUUGCAGCAUAUGUGGGGUAGCUCCUAUCCGCCCUACAUUAAAUAAGGUCCGGGCACCACUAUACUCUGGUAGAGUCUUCUCUGCCAUUUGUGAAUUACUUCUUGCUCUUGCUUAACUUUGGCUGCAUACGGACAAAACCAGAGUUCACUGCACUUUCGUCUCCCAGAGCCUGAGCCAUGGCUUCUCUCUGCCUUUGCAAUCUAUUUGACAGCAUAUUGAGUGUUGAUUGAAUAGACAUAUGUAACCUGUGUGAUAAACUCACUGUGAAAGUGCAUCACACAAAUUAUGUAUGUCUUUAUGCAGCCUUAAGAUUAUCUCUUGGUUAAACAAAGAGAGAAAGAGAGGCAAAAAUAUAAUGUAUUAUCAACUCCUGGGAAUGGUGUCCAGUUUUUGGAUUUGUUUAGCCUUUCUCCAGUGCCAUCUAAUGUUCUGCUCCCUUAUCAGAACAGAAGUUGCCAAAGGUUUUCUUCAAUGCUCCCUUGCAGUCCUGACAUUGCACCAUGUAUAUUCCUUGCAUUCCUUGUUAUAUAUCUAUUUUCAGCUUAAGUUUGAAGGUCCUGUGAGGUGCUAGUCCUCUGAAGUACUGAGCACCAGUUCCUGCACAACAAUGGACCUCCGUUUAGUUUCUGGUAUUACAUAUUACUAGCUGACCCACACAGAGCAUCUGUGUGCUCUUUGGCGGCCUGCUGUUCCCCCCCUCCUGCCCCACUCUCUCUUGACUCCCUCCUGCCCCACUCUCUCUUGCCCCCUCCCCUCCCUCCUAUCCCACUUUCUCUUGCCCCCUCCCCCUCCCUCCUGCCCCACUCUCUUGCCCCCCUCCCUCCGGCCCCACUCUCUCUUGUCCCCUCCCCUCCCUCCGGCCCCACUCUCUUGCCCCCCUCCCUCUCCCUCUGGCCCCACUCUCUUUCCCCCCUCCCCCUCCCUCUGGCCCCACUCUCUUUGCCCCCUGCCUCCGGCCCCCUCCCCCACUCUCUCUUGCUCCCCUCCCGCCACAGCCAGGUCAUUCUUACCGGGGCGGCGGCAGGCCGAAAAGUUUCCCUCCCAUCUUGGCCUCCAAUGCCUCCGGCGGCCUGGCUGGGCCACCACUUCUCCCAUAUCUGGGACAGCCAGGCCGGGCCGUCCCGCCGCCUCCACCUCCCACUUGGUCAGGCCGCCGCCUCUCAUACCUGGGACGGCCUGGCCAGUCCAGGCUGCCCCACCACCUUCUGCCAGGUUGAGCCACCGCCACCUCUUCCGUGACUGGGACGGCCUAGCCUGGACAGGACAGGCCAUUCCGCUGCCUCCGCCUCCCAGCAGCCAGCCAAGGCCACCUCCUCUGGCCGUUUUGCACACCCCCCCCGCCACUAUUUUUUCUUUCCCCCAACUCUCGCUGGGCCCAGGAACUCUCGCAAUGUGUCGCAAGAGUUCCACCGCCAAAUCCAGGACACGCAGCAGCUAAGCGAAUUAAAUAUUUAGAUCAUUUAGGUACUUGGGAACAGACAUAUCUCCUUUUCAAAAGUAACUACUUCAGAUGCUGUGGUUUAGCAAACAAAAGCAACAUUAUGGGAAUUAGCUUCUAGAUGCUUUGAUUUUUGUCUGGAUUUAUCAGUGUAUCCUUGCAGACAUUCAGGCUAUACAACCCAGAAGAAAUGGUUAUAGGUCUUUUGCCAUUAUCCCAAAUAUAUUUACCCAUGCAGAAAUCUCUAUAAUAUAUGUUUAUACUAGGAAACAACAUUUUGAAGGAUGGGAUUACUUGCAACUUUACCAUGGAGUGCCCUUUCACAAGAUCCUUUUACUACAUUCAUAUUGAUAGGAGAAGGAACUUUUGUGGUGAUUUUACUACCUCAAAAACAGCCAUGUAAAUUAUCCCCCCCCACCCCAAGUUGUCAUCAAAGCAAGAACUCAUCCCCUGACCACUACUUGAUUCCUACAGAAACCCUAUUUGGAAAAGAGACUUGUAAUUUUCAGAGUAUUUAACAUACCCUUACUGAAGUUUGUAGUCAACUUUGUACAAGUUCUCCGGUCAGCAAGUUAGUUCAGAACUAACAGCAGUGUUUAAGAGGGUAAUAAUGCAGGAUUCCCUCCAAUGAAACCUAUUCAAUAAAUACAGUAUCUACUCUUCUCAUUGUCUCCUGUGGCUACAGGGGCACCAGUGACCACAUGGAGAUCUCACCUGCAAGGCUAUCCUCAUUCUAGUGGAGGAAGCAGCUCUACACAUGCAUAGCUUUGUGUGUUUGGAGCUGCGUCUCCUAUUGAAGUGAAUGGUCACAAGAACUCCAUAUGUGUACUGGAGUGUACAUGGCGCUCUGAAUUGGGGAUAGGAAUGUACAGGUUGUUUGUGUGUACUGAAUCUAUAUUAUUGCUUUCAACUGUGUUGUGUUGGCUACAAUAUUAUCUGUCUUGUUGAGCAAACACAUCUGACAACUUUGUUGGUUUUUUAAUUCAGUCCAAAACUGUUAGUAUUUUAUUUUGGGAGAUCCUGUGAGAGGACAAAAAUGUGUGUAUGUUAUUCCAUUUAAAUAUGAACGUGUAUUUUAUCAGCAUUUUAGCCAUGCUCUAACAUAGAGUGAAAUGCACUUAAUCCCACUGAUCUCAUCUCAUUAACCGUGCCUAACUCAGUGCUGGGCUGUGGCUCUUGAGAUGAAUCCUCCAGAUAGGGCUGCCAACUGACCAGAAGAAAAUGGCUAGGGUUGUUCUUGUGCCUUUAGCAGUAGUAUCUGCAGAAAUCAAGAGGCAGAGCAAUUAUUGCAUAAUCUCUGUUGAACUUCUGAGAACAAUUCCAGAUGUGGUCACUGGCUCAUGUUCUGCACAGGGUAAUGCGGGCAGUUCAGCAUCGCCUGUGGUGUUACAGAACAGACCUGUUUUGCUGAGACUUAUGAUUGUGCAGUUGCAGCUGCCCAAUUCUACAUCCAUCGGAAGCAAUGGAUGUAGUGUCACACAAUUGCCAUUGGGCAGUUUUAAGUUGCAGGGAACAGCUCUCUUCCCCAGCUCUCUUUCCCACAGCACCACAGGCAGUGUUUUAGGCAUUCACAAUGGCACAGGCAGUGCAGAACUGUCUACGUUACCCUGCUCAGAAUGUAAGCCACUAUCUUGAAAACUUUAUGGCUUGGGACCAGGAUACCUAAAUAACUAUAUCCUCCCAUAUGAAUCCACCCACUCAUCAAAUUAGCCAGAGAAGACCAUCUUCACAUCCUAUCACCUUCAGAGGUUCAGUUGGUGGUGAGUUGUGAGAGAAUCUUCUCUGUGAUUCUCCCUGUGGAACUCUUUGCCCCAAUAGGUCCUUUGGGCUCCCAGUCUGCCUAUCUUUUGGUAUCUCUUUAAGACCUAAUUGUUUUGGCAGGCCUCCUAUUAGGGGUUUUUGAGAAUUUGUUUAAUGUACAGGCUCUCUGCUUCUGUUUUUUGUGUUUGGCUUUUUUGCUGCUAGAAUUGUUUUAAUUUUAUUUGGUUUUGUUUUUGGAUGUAUUUUGUUCUUUUAUUGCUUAUGUAAACUGCCAUGAAUUUUCUUCUAAAUGAAAGGGAAUUUAAGAAUUUAAAAAUAAAUAAGUGCAGCAGCAAACUUCUGCUCAAGGCACAACUUGGGUGCCAAUUCAAUAGCUAGCAAUCUUGUCGCCAUAUAUUCUUUGGCAGAGCAUGGAUGGCACUACUCCAUACUGAUAAUAAUUCUUCAGUGUUAUGACUUUACUUUCCUACAACUUGAUCCUAUGUGUGUUUACUUAGAGGUAAGUGGCAAUGGACCUUACUCCCAAGUAAGUUUGCUUAGGACUGAGGUUUUAUAACCAUAUGCAGGUGCACCUAAACCAUUUAUUUCAAUGGAUAUAAGUGUGUCAAACUCUGUAUAGGAUUGGGCGAACUCUGUAUAGGAUCGAGUUCAUAAUAAUUAUGAACUACACUUAGUAGAAAACAAAUGUAGCAUUUCCCCUUUGUUAGACAUUGCAACUGAUGGCAACAUUACUGCAUUUCAAGUGUCAUCCUCUGAUGGUCAUGAAGGUAUUUUAAGUCAAAUGUCUUGUUAAAAUAAACUAGGCUUCCCACUAUGAUGAUACACUAGGGCUUAAAGUGGAAAGUGUUCUUUGCUCACUGAAAUAUAUUUUUAGAAUUUUCUUUUCAAAAAGUUGCCCAGGUAUAGCUGUUGCAUAUUACACUAACAAUUAUCAAGCAAGAUUUAGCUAAAAACUCUUUCUUCCCCUUCAAAAAGAAAUAAGAAUACUUGCCCCCCUAUCAUAUAUCAAAGUGCUCAGAACCAAGGAUUACUUAGGGUCUUUCUAGAAUGAUAAGUGGCAAUUUGUCCAUUAGUUGUUGCUGAGAAUCCAGAUGUCACUUCUAAAAUAAGCAGUUGUGUUGUUGAGUUAUGCAUUGCUGAUAAAAAGAUAUUCCCCUCCCUAGCUUGUGCACCAAUUGCAACUGCAAGUUUGUGCAGUUUGGUUUGUGGUAACAUGACUAUUAUGGAACCUGUUGGCUGGUGUUUGUGACAUCAUGGGUGAUGAGCAACACAAUGUCCCCACUAGGUCCAUCUCAUUUUGUGACGGUGACUGACAUGAUGAGGAACAUUAUUCAGAGUCCAAUUUCUGUGAGACUCCUUUGAGUAAUUUUUCCUCAUCAUGUCAGCCAUUUUAAAUAGGUGAGAUAUGAUAGAACUGACAUGAAUUACUUGCAAGACCCUGUGAUUUUAUUGGGUUUUUAUUUCCUUUAACUCUCCCAUGGAAAUCUCAUAGAAAUGUUUCAUGAGGUUGUAUCAUGCACUUUUAUUCUUUUUACUACUGUAGAGGCCAUGCAUUGCUUUAUUUGACCCACAGAAAGCAACUACACCUCAUACAUGAUGUCAGGAUGGAAUAUUUCACCACUGGCACUGAAUUGGGGCAAGCGCUAAUUAUCCUGCUGUUAAUAAAAUGUAUAUUUUACUCUCUCAUCUGGAAAGGCCCUAAAGCAUUAUUCAUUUUGUUAUAGUCAAUUCUGCUGACAAAGUUGUGUUGGUUAAGCAAUACAAUAUGUAAUAUCUAUGUAUGUAUGAAUCAGAAAUAAAAAGCUAUAAUACAA